GCCGUCUUUAGUCGACUGUAAAAUUUCAAUUUUCUCCAUCGACCCGCCUCGCAUUCGAAAUCAAAAAUAUGGGCUACUUAAAAUCGAUAGGGACGACGAUUAUUUACAUUGGUGCAUUUUUAGCUGUGAUAACGUUCGUUCCUGGAAUACCACCGAACGUGGAAUUUACUGAAUUAAGUAUCGUCGAACCAAAACAAUUGACUGGCAGGCUCGCACUGAACGAGCGAUUAAACAAUCCGGAAGUACUUUUCGAGGGAAAAGUCAAGGGCGCCGAGUCGUUCGCCUCGUACAAAAACGAGCUCUACACCGGAGUUCACGGCGGUUACGUCGUUAAAAUCGUCGGCAAUCAACUGAUACCGAUCGUCAAGUUCGGAAAGGAUUGCGAUGGAAUACACCAAGAGUCAAAGUGCGGCAGGCCCUUGGGCUUGAAGUUCGACAAGAGCGGCAAUUUGUACGUCUGCGACGCCUACUACGGCAUCUUCAAAGUCAACGUAACGACUGGAAAGUACGAGACCAUCGUCGAUAGUAAAACUGCCAUCGAAGGUAUUUAUCCGGGUAUCGUCAAUUCCAUAGAUGUAGCGAGCAACGGGGACAUUUACUGGACCGACUCGAGUGCAGAUUUUAAAAUCGAAGAUGGGGCUUUUACCAUGCUGUCCGAUCCCUCCGGAAGGCUCAUACGUUACGAAGCAGCAACGAAGAAGAAUCAAGUUUUGGUGCACAAUUUGGGCUUCGCUAACGGACUCUUACUAAGCAGCGACGAGAAGUUCGUCGUAGUGGCAGAGACUCUCAACAGUCGCAUCAUCAAGUACAACAUCAAAGGGCCCAAAGCCGGAAAGCACGAAAUUUUCAUCGAGGGCCUACCGGGCUUACCCGACAAUAUCCACUCGGACAACAACAAGGGAUUCCUCGUCAGCUUGAUCGUUUACGCGGACGAGGAACGUCCACAAUUGCACCAAUCGCUCAUGCCUCAUCCCUACAUCAGACGCAUGCUGACGAGACUUUUGGCCUUGUUGGAGCUGCCGUUCAAAUUACUUCAGACUUACUACCCCAACUACUACGCUGAGAAAGCUGUGCACUUUUUGGGCAACUUCGAGAGCGUAAUGUUUAUAACGCCCAAGACCGUAACCGUAUUAAAAAUCAACGAAGCCGGUCAGAUACUCGACGCAGCCUACACUACGAAUGGAAAGAUUGGCGGAAUCAGCUCGGCAUUUAUUCACGACAAGUACUUGUGGCUUGGCUCACCGUUUGCCACUUACAUAGCUCGAGUUCCAUUGAACGUUGCAUUCCCAAACAAAUAAAAUGGUUUCAAUCAAAAUGAGAAAUAUUCGUUUUUCAAGUUUGAUGCAACCUUUGGAUUGACUGCUACUUUAAUUAUAUUAAAAUAAUGGCAUAUUUGUUAACUUAAUCAAGUUCCAAAUAAGUUUAUAUCUUUGAGAAAAACUUCUAGUUAUAUUUAAUAAAAAUUUGUAAGUUUGUUUUA